GAAUUUUCCAUCAUCUCCAUGAAUUCUUCAUCCAAUAUUCCCAAUGUGUCCAGCAGUUCGUUUAUUAUCGACAGCGCGAGCACAGCUGCAGCCAAAAAUGUCAUCGUCCUCGCCCUCGGCCUCAUCAUCAACUACAUCAACGGCACACUGAUCCUCACCUUCAGCAAACACCAGAUAUUUAUCAUGAAUCCUCGCUACAUCCUGUUCAUCCACCUGGUUGUGAACGAUAUGAUCCAGCUCACCAUGUCGAUAACAAUGUUUGUCAUGUCUUACGUCUUCUUCUACGUCAARGCCUUUCUCUGUAGCAUCAUUCUCAUUUUUGCCAUUUUUACAACUUUAAACACUCCAAUAAAUUUAGCUGUAAUGGCUGUYGAGUGCUACAUCGCUGUGUGCUUCCCCCUGAGACACGCUGAGCUCUGCACCGUGAAACGGACUUAUAUUCUGGUCAGCUGUAUUUGGGCCGUGAGCUCCGUCGCCGUCAUCCCCGAGUUCCUUUUCCUUCUGGCAACACAGCCUCUGUGGUUAUUUUACUCCACAACAUAUUGUGUGGCUCAAACUCUGUACCGAAACCCUGCAAGUUCACUAAAGAGGGACGUAACAUACAUGAUUUGUUUAUCUGCAGUUUGGCUCACUCUUAUCUUUACUUACUUCAGGAUCUUCUUCGCUGCUCGAGCAGCUAAUUCAGCGGAUGGAAACACAAAGAAAGCCAGGAACACCGUCCUGCUUCACGGCUUUCAGCUCCUGRUGUGUAUGCUGACAUAUUUAGACCCUUUGGUUGUAAGAUCCUCACUAGUAUUAGUUCCUAAAUAUUUUCAUCAUGUAAACUUUGUUUGGUACAUUGUUGUUCAUAUUUUCCCCAGGCUGAUCAGCCCCAUCCUGUACGGGCUGCGAGACAAAACAUUUAAACAGUAUUUGACCAAAUAUCUGCUGUGUACUACCAAYCCAAGCAUCAAACCACAAUAA